CAGCGCCGCGGUGAGGAGACCACAGGCAUCAGCGAGUGGAAGAUGCGCCCGCCGUACCGCGUGCACGAGAAGAAUGAGCACUUUGAUGCAAAGUACGAGGCCAACUGCCACUGUGGCAAGGUGCAGUACCAGCUCAGCAGGAAAGAGCCGCUGGACAGCAAGCUCUGCCAUUGCACGACGUGCCAGACGCAGCACGCUGCACCUUUUCAAUGGGCCGCCAUCUUCCACAAAACCGACAUCAAUUUCAGCGAAGGCCACCAUAAUCUCGAGUGGUACGACCCCACGGAAAAGUCCAUCGAGCACAAGCUCCCGUGCAAAGUGCGCUGCAGCUACUGUCACUCGCCCAUCAUGGACGAGGGCCGCAACAUGAUCCUGCUCUUCCCGUCGCUGAUACACCUGAAGACCGACGAGGACAAGGCGCUAUUCAAGCCCCGCUGCCACAUGUUCUACGGGCAGAGGGUUAUGGAUAUCCCGGAUGGCCUGCCGAAGUGGAGCGGCCUUAGCGAUAGCAGCGAUCUGAUUGAGGAUAGCCCGCCGGAGAAGGUGAAGGAGAUGCAGAGGAAGAUGGAGGAGGAGAGAAAGGAGAGGUUUGAGAAGGGCAAG